UGAAGUGCAAAUUUGUGCAACCGGAUUUGCUAUGUCCUUCGAGGGGAGUGAAACUGCAAGCAGCAUCCUAGGAUGGAUGUCCAUAGCUUGCUGGGUCGUUGUCUAUUCUCCGCAGAUAAUUGAGAACUAUCAGCUGAAGUCAGGAGAAGGCCUUAGUGUAUUCUUCGUGCUUAUCUGGUUAGCCGGAGAUCUUGCCAACCUAUUUGGGGCUAUUCUCGCUGGCUUAUUGCCGACGAUCAUCAUUCUCGCGGCGUAUUACACCGUCUGCGAUAUAGUCUUGUUGGCACAGAUCUACUACUACAGAUGGCUGAGAAGAUCUCAAGAACUCGCAUCGUCGCGGUACAUCCCGGAAGCCGAUGUUCCAGCGCGAGUUCUUUCAGAAGAGACGCCUCUCAUUUCCGAGCGCAGGGCAAAUGAAAACGAGAAGUCCAGAGACUCAGUUAUCGGGCAAUGCCUGCUGUAUGGCAGCGCUCUCAUCUUCGUCCUGGGUACCGGGGUUGCGGCUUGGGCCAUAGACAAACGUCUGCGUCAGGGGCAAUCACGCGAACCACCGUCAGAAAUUAUAGAAUGGCGCAGCCAACUCCUAGGCUGGACCUCUGCUGUCCUCUAUCUUGGUGCUCGCAUACCACAGAUAGUCAAGAACUUCCAGACCAAAUGCGAAGGUCUAUCUUCGGCACUUUUUCUAUUCGCAAUUGCUGGCAAUACGACCUACGUGCUUUCAAUCUUCACUCUAUCGUUGGAGCCGAACCAUAUAUCAGCUAACGCAGGGUGGAUUGCAGGGAGUGCGUUGACAGUGUUCCUAGAUAUCUUUGUGUUGCUGCAGUUUCUCUACUACAAAACCACGGAACGCUCCGUGCCGCUUAGGUCGCCUUAAGAUACUCCGGAACAUGGCCGGUUCGGCUCAAUGAGUUUGAUCUGUAUCAUCAUGCACCGUCCUGUACAGUAGACCUCCGCCUUUGAUGUUAUGACAACGGAGACUGUUAUUGUUUGUACAGUGC